AUGUAUAGAGUUUACAAGAGUAGACCAAAAAGGCCCAAGUGUAGCAACUCAAUUGAGGAGAAAAAAGGGAGGAAAGAACAAUGCUGUUUGGUUCCAGUAACCCCGGCAAAGCCUCGUCCAGGAAGGUCAGGGACAAAGAAAGUUUAUGAAAGGCGGUCGAGAAAGAAGCUUGCUACACUAGAAAAGGACUGUGACUUGCUAUCUGGGAGUUCUUUAGCUAUGAACUGUUCAAAUGAAAUGAAAACUCUAAUGGAUUGUGACAAACCAUCUGCAAGCUGUGCUACCAUGAUUUCUUCAGAUGAAAGCAUUGUUCUAUUUACUUCUUGUGUGGCAUUGACAGGCAAAGGAAAGGAGCAAAGUUCUGACAGAACAGAAAGCAUAAGUGUAAGUUUGGGUUCUGUAGUUAUAACAGAUUUGAACAUGAGCUUGGAUUCUAGAUGCAUGAUAAAUUUGAAUGCUAGAGAGGAAAAGGAACAGGUUUGUGUUCCAGGCUUGAUAGAAUUGAAUAUAAGCAAAGAGCGCAGUUCAGAUGGAACCGCAGGCUGCUGCUUGGAGUCUACAGGCUUUACAUCCACAAGCAAGGAAAAGGAACACAGUUUUGAUGGAAUAGAAAGGGCAUGUCAGGGUUCUGCAGGCUUGAUAGAUUUGAAUAAAAGAAUUUAUAGCUUGGAAAAUGUUGAUGGUUCUAAUGAGCAAGUAAUGCAGACUCAUGAGGGUGAAUCCACAUGUUUAGUUUCUGAUACAGUGAUUGAAUGUACUGAAUGUUUAGAUAUCUUGGGCUUCAAAGGUCUUAAUGAUUGGGAUUCAGUAUUGAGUUCUAUUCCUUUCAUAGAACUAAGUUUGUCCGAAUCUAAAGACUCUCAGUCAUAUGUAUAUGCACAUACAAUUUCACAAGGGUCUGCAACAGACGAAAACUUUAAAUUAAAUCACAAUUUCAAGAAGUCUGAACAUAGACCGAAAAGGAAGAAAUAUAGACCUAAAGUUGUAAUUGAUGGGAAAGCAAACACACCAAAGCUUGCAACUCCAAAGCAAGAAAAAGAGACAAAGUUUGCAAUUUUAAAGCAAAACAAAAAAAGGAAAUCAAAGAUUGCAGCUCCAAAGCAAAUUAAUGAGAAAGUAAGGAAGGAGGUCAUACCUCAGCCAUUGGAUCUGUCUGAAAUUGAAACCAAAGCACCUGUUGCGAGGGCUUUGGAUUUUCAUUUGGAAAGUCUACAUGCUACUGUGGAUUUCGCUUGUCCUAAAAAGAAAAGAAGAUCAAGAAGAAGAAGAAAAUUGAAUUGGUUCGAUUUCAUUAUUAUGAAUAUGAACAAAAAUGGCAAGAAGAGUAAGAAAAGACUUUUUACUGUUAAUUGGUGUGGGAAAAAAAGAAGGUUACAAAAGAAGAGGCCACAAAAGGUAAGACUUAGAAUCACUUCAACUCCAGUAACUGAUGUGCAAGCAAAAAUUGAUGUUUCAUGUAGUGAAAAUAAUGGAUUUGAAGUUGAAGUUAGGGUCAAGAGUUUAACAGAGAUGGAAACCCCAGCUUUAAUAGAUGGUACAUGCAAAAGCAUAACUGAGUCAAACAUAUCAGAAUUUCAAAAAGUUACAGGCAAAAGAAAACGUAAAGAACAACCAUCAGAUGUCACAAAAGGUCGAAGCGGAUUUUUAAGUAAAAAGAAUAUUCAUUUUAUUAUUCGGAAAUUGCAGUCUUUGCAUAUCAGUGACAAAUAUACACUGGUUCCAUAUAAAGUGCCAUUGUUGAAAAUAAUGCCAAAAGUUGAUUUAGAUGCUGAGACAGUGAGAGUUUGGAAUUUACUGAUGCAUACAGAGCAUGAUAGGAUUGAAGAAAAAGUAAAUGAAGAAAAUGAGAAAUGGUGGGAAAAAGAAAGAGAACUUUUUGUUGGACGGGUAUCUUCAUUUAUUAGCUGUAUGCAUCAAAUACAAGGGGAUAGAGGCUUCAGAAAAUGGAAAGGUUCAGUUCUGGAUUCGGUGAUUGGAGUUUUCUUAACACAGAACGCAUCGGACCACUUUUCAAGUAAUGCUUUUAUGGCACUAGCUGCAAAGUUUCCUCCUCCGCCAACAAAUCAGAAUAGUGCAUGUGAUCAAGAGUCAAUUGGAAGUAACAUGACAGCAAUCCAGACAGAAUUUGAUGAAGAAGGUAAUAAAUAUUUUGUUAAUGAACCAGAAUCGGAAAGAAAUAAAGAAUUUGGGAAAGAAUUGGACUUGAUUGGUGGGAUAGAGGAAACAUGUUCCAUGCAGAUUGAAGACCUAAAUAUAACCAACUGUUGUGUAUCCCAUGGAUUAACACAAGAAGCUGAGAUGGAAAAACCUUUUGAAUCUAGUCACUGUUACCAGUCUCAAAAUAUGCCAAUUGAUACAACUACCAUUAGCAAGAGGGUUAGAGGGAAAAUACCAAAAGCAAAGGAACAUGGUUUUGACAAGAAAAGAAAAUCUAAUUCAAGGGAAAAGAAGAAGAAUGCCAGUGUUCCGGAUAGUUAUUGGGAGACUUUAAGGAUAAGAUAUUCCACUGGGCAAAGAAGUAAUGAUCAAAUGGAUUCCGUGGACUGGGAUGCGGUUAGGCUUGCAGACCUUAACGAAGUAGCAGGUGUCAUUCAAUUACGUGGGCAGCAGAUCUUACUUGCAACAAGAAUUCAAAAUUUCCUUAACCGAUUGAUUAGAAUACAUAAAUGUCUUGAUCUUGAAUGGCUACGAAACACCCCACCUGAUCAAGCAAAGGCGUACCUAUUGGAAGUAGAAGGAUUAGGGUUGAAGAGUGUGGAGUGCAUACGUCUUUUAUCAUUAAGACAUGCUGCUUUCCCAGUUGACACAAAUGUUGGCCGUAUAGCAGUACGUUUAGGAUGGGUACCUCUUCAAGAACUACCUGAUGAACUUAAAAUUCAUCUGCUUGAAUUGUAUCCUAUCCAGAAUUCUAUACAAAUAUAUUUAUGGCCAAGACUUUGCACCUUUCAACAGGAAUUACUGUAUGAGCUUCAUUAUCAGAUGAUAACCUUCGGAAAGGUUUUUUGUACCAAAAAAAAUCCAAAUUGUAACGAAUGUCCAAUGAGGGGAGACUGCAGUCAUUUUGCAAGUCAAUAUGGAAGUGAAAGAUAUAUAACAAACGCAAUAAUCAGGUGGCUUUGUUGUUUACAUAUCAAAACUGUUGAAUGCAGAAAGAAUGCCCUGCCAGGCCCAUCUGAUAAAAUAAAAGCCAGUUCAGCCGCAAUUUUCAACCCCCUGACGUCAGCUUCUUCAUCAGAGCCUAUACCACUUUUGGGUUCGGGACACCAAAUCAAGAUUUGUGAGCCUAUCAUUGAAGAACCUUUUGAACCACCAGCAAAACUUGAACCUCCGAAGUCCCAGGAACCUGAGAGUGUAUGCGGUGAUUCUGAAGGAAUUCCUAUUAUCAAACUAAAUCGAGAUUUUAGGACAACUUUAUGCAGCCAGAGCAAUAUCAUUUGUGAUGGUGAGAGUUCAAAAGCAUUAGUUGCUUUGACUUCACAUGCAGCUUCAAUCCCUGCCCUCAAAUUGAGGCGUCUCAGCCGAUUAAGAUCAGAGCAUUUAGUUUAUGAACUUCCACGGAACCACGUUCUUCUACAAGGGCUAGAACAAACAGAAUCUGAUAAAGAUGUGCAAUACCACGUUGCUAUAUGGACAUCAGGUGAAACUGCAGAUUCAUUGGAGCCGCCAAAGAAAAGUUGCAAUUCUACAGAGUUUGAACUUUGCAAUGAACAAAUAUGUUUUUCAUGCAACAAUAUUCGGGAACAGAAUGACAAUAUAGUCCGUGGCACUAUUUUGAUACCUUAUCGUGUAGCCAAUAGGAGUAGCUUUCCACUGAAUGGAACAUACUUUCAAUCCAAUGAGGUAUUUGCUGACCAUGAAACUAGUCUUCGGCCCAUUAACAUUCCAAGGGAUUUGAUAUAUAACCUUCCAACCAGAAUCGCAUACUUUGGAUCCUCAAUAUCAACAAUUCUUAGAGGUGUAUCAACGGAAGAUAUUCGGAGAUGCUUUUGGGCAGGUAUUGUCUGUGUUAGAGGAUUCGAGAGAAGUACACGAACUCCUAGACCACUUGUAAAGAGAUUCUACUGCCCAGCAAGUAAGAGGGAGAAAGUGAAAAGAGAACCGAGUGCCAUACUUAGGAAGCCAAAAAAUAGUGGCAAAAAUAUACCCAACAAGUUGCUUUCACAAGUUCUUUUCCAAUAUAAUAACCAUCGAUAUUCAAAAGAGAGAUACCUACAAUGA